GACUAGAAUUCGAGCUGUCAAAAGUUAAAUAAGUGGGUGGGUUGGACGGAACGAAAUAUAACAAUAAUCACGAUGUAUUGGUGAGUAAUAUAAGGACCACAAAUUAGAAAGACAUAGCGGAUAGGAACUCCCUUCGAGCACAUUAUCAACUGGCAAUGUCGAACACAGACUUACAAGAUAAUAUGAAAGUUAAGGAAGAGGCAAUCGAAUCAGAAAACAGCCUAGUGGAUUUACAUACCAAUGUCCACAUUAAACUAGAGCCACUUAAUGAUGCCAAAGAGCACAUUGCGGAGGAGCUGGAUCUGUAUGCGAAUCAUGAAAUUAAGGAAGAAUUGGUCGUAGGACCCGUGGUGUUGCAGCCUGUUGAUUUAGUUCAAGAAAGAUGUGUGCAGAAUACAUCUGAUGGAUUGAAUGUAGAUGCUCGACCAUACAAAUGUGAUAUUUGCACUAAAUAUUAUAUUAGUGAACACGAUCUUAAGUGUCAUAAAAUAACUCACUCUGAAGAAAAGCCAAACCAAAGUGAACAAUGUAACGAAUCUUUUACCUGUAAAGCAAGUUAUAAUAAACAUUUAAGGACUCAUACAGGCAAAAAACCGCAGAAAUGUGAUAUUUGCCAUAAAUGGUUUUCAAACGCAUACACACUUAAAACUCAUAUAUUGACUCAUACUGGAGAGAAACCAUACAAAUGUGAUAUUUGCAAUAAAGGUUUUGUAAGAAAACAUCAGGCUAAGAGUCAUACAAUGGUCCAUACAGGAGAGAAGCCAUACAAAUGUGAUAUAUGCAACAAAUCUUUUAUCCGUAAAGCACAUUGUGAAACACAUUUUAAAACCCAUACUGGAGAGAAACCAUACAAGUGCAAUAUUUGCAAUAAAUAUUUUACACAACAACAUGGUCUUAAAACUCAUAUAUUGUCUCAUACAGGAGAGAAACCAUACAAAUGUGAUAUUUGCAAUAAAGGUUUCGUAACAAAAUAUCUUGUCAAGUGUCAUAAAAUGGCUCAUUCUGGAGAGAAACCACACAAGUGUGAUAUUUGCAAUAAAAGUUUUAUACAAAGAAAUGUACUUCGAAUUCAUAUAUUGACUCAUACAGGAGAGAAACCAUACAAAUGUGAUCACUGUGACAAAUCUUUUGUCCGUAGAGCAGAUUGUGAAACACAUUCGAAGACUCACACUGGAGAGAAACCGUACAUGUGUGAUAUCUGCAAUAAAUGUUUCGUAAGAAAAUAUGAACUUAAGUGUCAUAUAAUGGGUCAUACUGGUAAGAAACCGUAUAAGUGUGAAGUCUGCUGUAAAGGUUUUGUAACAAAAUAUCAACUUCAGUGUCAUAUAAUGGCCAAUCCUCAUAAGAAACCAUACAAGUGAAAUCUUUAAAUAAGCUUUUUAUAACAAAAUAUCAACUUCAGUAUCAUACAAUAUCCCAUACUGGUACGAAACCACAGAAGUGUUUACUCUGCAAUGCCUGUUUUAUAACAAAAGAUCAAUGUCAGUGUCAUGUAGUGGCCCAUACUGGUAAGAAACCAUACGAGUGUGUAAUGUGCAGUAAAUGUUUUAUAAGACAAAAUCAAUUUAAGUUGCAUAUAAUGGCCCAUUCUGGGAAUAAACCAUGUGCAUUUUUUGCAAACAUCACAUAUGUUUGCAAAAAGUGUUUUACAGCUA